AUGACACCUGUGCCAGCAAAGCCUGAACGACCCUCGCCCGCUCCAAGCCCCAGUGUGAACAAGAAAGCCAAAUGCUCAGCGCCCCCGGUGCCUGAUAGCAUGAUGCCGCCACCUGAGGCUCCCUUAAAGAAAACAAAAACUGAAAAGGCAUGUGCAGUGAAGGGAACAGGCAGACCUCCUGCCACCCCAUUGGCCAAUCCAUUGGCAGCCCCGCCGCCUGUGGCAGCCCAUGCCGCCAUGGUCUUGCGACCCCCACCGCCCAAAGCAUCACCACCAGCUUGUCCCGAGACCGAACCAUCGCCAGGAACACCAGCUUACGUGAAUGUCCAUGGAGUCCCAGUGCCCAUGUCCAAAGCAGGGGUGAAAAUGGAGGUCAGACCAACACAAAACACAGCAGCAGCAGCUCUGAGAAAGCAGAAAGCACGGCCAAGCAUGAAGGUAGAGCAACGUGAAGAUACUCUGCCACCCAGUGCCAGCCUGGCCCUUGACACUUCAGCCAAAGCCUCACGUCCCACAUCACCCACAUCACCCACAAGCACAGAGUCAACCGCUCCAUCCCCAUCCUCAGCCAAAGCCUCACCCACCUCAGCCAAAGCCAUUUCACCUUCCAGCACCACGGCAGCAUUGGCAAAGGCCAACACCCCAAGCCCUGAUGAUCACAGCACUGCCCCUACGCCAGCAACGUGCCCGGCUCCAACCCCAACACCUGAUGAUGGGAAGACAACCGAAACCGAUAUUCAGCGAGAAGAGAGGGUUCGAGCAUGGGUCUGUAAAAUGGAUGAUGUGGAGAUCACUCGUUCCAUUCAAAAAGCAGAAAGACAUAGCCUGUUUCCACAGUUCGAGCUUUGGAGACGGGAUGAGAUCUUUGGUGUCGGUGGUGAUGAGGAUAUCCCCAGAUUUGGGGCUGAUGAUGAAGAGGAAGAGCUUGUGUCUUGGCUCAUGUGGCUAGAAGACCCUUCGAGGCCGUGUGUUGAGAACGCACUCCCAGACCCCAAUCCUGAGGAGACAGCAUCAGUUGCAGUUGCAAAGAAGCCCAAACAAGUGACAUUUACACAGAAUGUCACUGUACACAGCCUGCCUGACACCGCAGCACCUGCCAAAGCAACCACUUCGAUACUCAAGCCUGCAGCAAAAAUGCCAGUGCUGAAGCCUUUGACUUUGGCCCCUGCACCGCCUAUGAAAGCAUCAGCAGCAGCACCACCACAAGCAGCACCAGCAGCCAUGCCCUUGCCUCCAGCCCCUGCCAGAGCAACACCAGCAACGGCAACCACAUUGCCUGUGCCUCCGCCUGCCAAACAUGCAGCAGCCCCACAUGUGCCAGCAGCUGUGCCGCCUGGGUCAUUGGCCUUACCGCCACCAGCAAGUGCAAGCCCAAAGCCAGCAGCUAGCCCCCUUCCAGCAGCACCAGCCAGCAAUGGCAUGAUCCCAGCUUCGCAGCUAGCCAGCCAGAUCCACAUUUCAGCCCCCGUUGGUGCAGAAGUCACAUUUGAAGGCUACAAAGAGCGACAGGCUCACUAUGCUCAAAUGAAGAGGCAGCUGGAUGCAAGUGAAAACUACAGCAUCCCCGAUGAAAUUGUGGCAUCAUGGAAGCAAGCUGUUCAGAGCAGGCUGUCCAUCAAGGCCACCAGGAGCCGCACUGACAGCUGGAAGACCCGUGCGCAGCUCAUGGCUAUGCACAAUGAUGAGCAAACAGUGAAUCGUAUCAUUGAUAUGAAGACCCGGAACUCGGAGUUCAAAGAGCACCCUGACAGCCCGGGAGAUGCAAAUGCUACGUUGUUUUAUGUCUUGUUGGACAUGGAACGGGUUGAUGAGGACGAACAUGAAGAUCGUGUGGAUCUUUCGGUUUCUGGUGAAGCCACCGGUGAGCAGGCUGAACGGUUUGCAUCAGAGACUGAGUUGAAUGCAUUUGGGGGUGGCAUCAUGUGUGAACCCCUUCGCCUACACAGCUUGCAGCUGCCCAAGUCGGAGGGUGGUGCUGUGACUCCCGACAGAAGCGUGGCUGCGCCAUCGGCUGAAGGUCCUCAGGGAAAGCCCAAGGCCGCAGCCAAGCCGAAGCCAAAGUCAGCCGGGGAGGGUGCCGGGAGGAAUGAAAUGCCUGAUGAACUUCGCCCUCGUGCCCUGUGGAUUUUGAAUAAGUUGUCCGGGGACCUUCAGGGGGCGCGCAUGUGGCCCGUGAAACUGGCGCACUUGAAGCACCAGGAGGCAUUGAGCAAAAGCUUCCAGGGGCAUGCGGAUGAGCUGGAACGUUCAUUCAUCCAGCUCACACGCAUGACUGUGAACAAGGAAAUUGAUCCUUCGGAGGUGGACCAGUUGACCGCAGCUACCACGCUGGCACUCCAGCGCAUGCAGCUCUACCAGGAGGAUGCUGGUGAGGCCAAUACUCUGACGAAGCCAACGCGUUCGUCGGGGUCAAAGGACAAAGCGAAGGGCACCUCGAGCGGGGCCAAGUGA